CAGACCCUCCAUGGCAUCAAUUCAAGAAUCCUGGACCACGCGAUGUAGCUGUUGCUGGAUGGAUCUACAUGUAAUUGCUUUACUCCCAUUCUCCUUCUCCUCCGCCAUCUGGUUGUCUCGUCCUCCUCGCUUGACCGUGUCCAUCGGCACGAGAACGAUCUGCAGUCCGAGCAGAGCAUCAAUUUCUGGCCGCUCUUUGCUGAGGUCCUGAGCCAGCAUCUUAUCCCCUCCAUUGACACUCUUCUGUGCACAUACUUUGCUGUAUUCUACUUAAUUCUUUCACUUAAUCCUUUCCGUCGUGACGCGACUCCCGCCUGCGAAAAUUCUAAGCCUGUCAGUAACAUAAGUCAUGGACAAGUCCAACGCAGGUGAAGUCAUUGAGUAACACAGAAUCCUCGGUCAUCCUCCACGCCUUCGGAUGCCCUUCGUUACGCAUUGAGCUGGGACACAAGCCGUGCAAGCUUUUCCCAGUCCGCAACGCCAACACAGUGAGAAGAGAGAUGGUGAUGUACCAAAGAUGAGCAAGAGGUGGAAGAGCAUAUACUGUGCUUGGGCAGAACAUCCUUGAGGUCCUGUUCCGACCGAUCCAGACGCUCGCCGAGAGCAGUCUUGGAAGAUGUCCAUCGACAAAGACAGCCAUGGCGGCGAGACACUCGUACGUCCUCCAACCCACCCGGUACCGCAGCUCCAGAAGCCGUUCGAGGAGUCAAUGGUGGAGUCGGUCGACGACCAAACAGACCAAGAGGUCCCCAUGGACGCCAUGACCCGAAGGACCAUACUGCUCGAAGCGCCAACCUACGAAAGAGUCAUUGCAGGAAGAUGGAGGCAGAAGCGAGGAGAGAAUUAUCACCCGCUCUGGAAAUUGGUGGCCCAAAUGUCCUUCGGAAUGCAUCUGUUGGCAGAAGGUAUGGCCAUAUCGGAAGAAGAAGUCAUGCGGAUACUGCAGUCUCACGUCGAUGACAUUGAUGGCUUUUUGGAACGCACCACGGAAGACUUUGAACUCGCACAGAGCGACAUCCACGAACGAAUACGCUGUCUCAAACUUCCUCUGGCCCAUGGAGAAGUCUUCGAUCGCAUGUUGGAGGAUCGUGCGUUUCGAGCAUCAAUCUUGGAUGGCAAUGAGAAGAUCGACCACGUGGUUAGCCGGACGAAGAAGGCAGCAAGAGACGCUCUUAAGGACGUCCAGAAAGGUUUCGAUGCGACGAACGUCCUCGAGAAAUAUCUUUCGAAGCUCAAUUCGACGUGGAAAAGAGUGUCUCCCGAACACGAGGCUGUUCUCGUCGCCAUGUUAGGUAACGCAGAAGGAUGGCGUCGUGCUUUCCUCGAAUUGCAUCUCCAAGGCAACAAAUUGGCCGGUUCACUAAAAAAGCUUGCCGAAGUUGUUGCAGAGAUGCAACGGAGGGCGGCGGCUGUGAGUAGAAAUCUUGUGGCCCGAACCCAGAAAUCAAGACAUAUCAGCACGCAAAAGAGCAAUCACGUACCUUCACAGUUGGGCUCUAUUGCACACCAGAAGCCUCUGCCGACAGAGCCCGGACGGAAGCAUUCGUCAAAGAACUCGUCUCAUAGCACUCUGUUGACGGGUCUCUCCAGCCGUCCAGACAGUGGCCACAAGUCAAGUCAAGGAUUCACUUCACAUUCUUCUGCUGGUCAUCCCACACGUCCUUCGACAGCCUCGAAGAAUUUUGCCAGGUCAGAGCUCAAGCAGCAGUCUCAAUCUUCUGCCGCCAAAGCCUUUGAGGAGUCUCGAUCACAGCAGGACAGCGGAGCUGCACACGGUCUAUGCGAGGUGCUCAAUCAGGCAGCCCAUAUCAACCCAAUUGAGCUUCCAGCGGAUAUCCCAGAGGGGCUGCUCCGGCAAGCCCCUGUAUCAAUCAAGAACCGCCUGAGUAUGACGCUGGGUCUGAAGCCAAAGGACUAUUCGGAUCAUCGAGUCUCCAGCCUCUAUUAUCCGAGAGCAUUGGGUGAUCUCCUGAAAUCCCCGCAAAUGUCCGAUCUUUUGUUGACGCCGCCGUCCAUGACAGCAAAGGGCACGCCGGUGCACGCGGUCAGCUCCCCUGCAGCCACAUCUCAUGCUGAGACGGAUUAUUUUUCGUCUCGCGAGAGGAGUCCUUCAAUCGGCGUGGUUACGCCGGAUACAGACAGCAAGAAGGGGAUGCCCUCCAGCAAGACAUCACCCAGAGCCGCAAAAUCUUCGACUCCUAACUCGGUCGUCGGGUCGGCAGCCGGAAUUCGUCGAUCCUCAAUACCAAAUCUAGCAUUCACCUCACAUACUUCUGUAAUGGCGAUGGCCUCUCCUCCUGCCGAGCUCCCCACUGAAUUGCCAGAAGACGAUCGAGCUUCCACCUCAAAGCCGAGGAAUCGCUCGCAAUCGCAACCGUCAAGUUUCGGUGAACCUGGCCCUGAAUUGACAGACGGUGCGACCAAUAGGUCAAGGUCAGUAUCUGAUCCAAUGCUACUCGUCGACACAUCGAUCAUUACUGUCUCCGUUGUCCCAGCUUCUGCGGAAGAAGAAACCUUCGCGGGGGCAGGGCAAAACAUCGGGGAAAGUCAACAAGCAAAACAAGAACAACUGGUUCAGGAGCCCAAGAUGGAGGCCGAUGGCUCGAGUCUUGGAUGUGGAGAGUCCAAGAUCGAAAAUAAGGCAGACAAAUCGAUAAGGGCCGACACGGAAGAACGCCAUCAGGAUCGACUGGGCAAGCCCACCAAUGAGCACAAGGAUACCUCAAGCACUCAGAUACACUUCGUAGCGGAACUGGAAGCGAUUGUGCCCGAAACCCUGAAUCCAUCGCCUCGCAAAGAGUUCGGUCCUGCUGAGUUGGAAGCACCUCAACAAACAUUCAGAUUGCCCCCGAGACCAAUCGAAGUCAUGAAGGACUCGGAAAGAGAAGCCUCCCGUGCUAGCAUACAUCAGCUGGACGACUUCUUCAAGUUACCAACCGAAAUGACGGUCAAGCCGGGCAUGAAGCCAAAGGACUUUGGCAUGUCAAAUGCCCACGAAUCGAUCCGGCCUUUGAGAUUGAAGCUAACGAACAAAGACGGGAAGUUUGUGCCUGUACAGGUUGACAGUGGGGAUUUGCACAGUCCAGCUUCUAAUCCUCGGCUCGGCGCCGUUGCAGAUAUCAUCAACACAAUGUCCGACACGCCUCCGGGCUCACCUAUUCAUGCCAGGUCUAAUUCUUGGGCAUCCGCCAGUUCGGCGCAGCGAUGGUCAUACAGCUCGUCACGGCCUUUAGGACCACCUGGGCAGGCGCGGCCACCUCCUGCGCCCGGAGGGAGACCUAUGGUCAACCCCGAUUUCGCGACCGCAGGGGCGUUCGAAGGCGAACGCAAGCAGAAGAAGAAAAGCGCCAUUGGAAGCAAAAGUGGGUGGAAGACCUUCUUCAGUGGCGGCGGUACGGGUGCUUUUGAACGACCCGAAUUGUUGAUAACAACGAUGACACGGUCUGCUGAGACUCCCAGCAGACCUCGGCCAAGUUCACAAGCUGCCCUUCGCAGUCCUGAUAUGUUGACGACAUCGGGAAAGGACGUGCUCUGGUUCAAAGGGAACAUGAAGAAAAAGAAGCGAAGGGGAGUUUCAUCGGCGUAAGAGUUUGAGAUGCAGCAUGUUAUGAUACCUAUUUAAUUCCAUGUGUACGGAGUAUAUUGGGUUCAAUGUUGAGACCAUUUGUCACGUCUUAAAGACGAGUGCGG